UAUUAAACCUUUACUUAUGAUUUCAUUAUUGAAUAGUUUUCUGAAAGGAUAACUUUUGUCAGUGUUGUUCUGAGCUACCUUCAUUAUUCGAUUCAGUUGCAAAGAAUUUAUUCUGAUUCGGAUUGUCCUUUGAAAACAUUGAAUUGAAAGUUUCAUCGUCAAUCAUGAUGAUAUGGUGAAAAUUCUUUCGAAAAUUUCCAAAAUUUUUUCUACAAUCUUAUGAAAGUGAUUGAAAAUUGUCAUGUUGGUUCUUCAAAUGAUAUGAAAAUAGCUUCGAAAGACGAUGAACGUUGGAUUGAAAUAGAUUCUAGUCAAGAACUAAGUAUAAAUGGCGGGACUCAAUUCUGAAGUGUACGAUAUUUUCCAUUCCACUCUACUAUCUCUAAAAGACCUAUCAGCGAUCGCCGUCAGCCUGGGAAUAUGGCGCUGCCAAGUGAUGAAAUAUCGCACGAGCGACGAUGCAUUGACAAAAUUUAAUCCAGAGGGUCAAAAUAUUUCAUCAAAAACUGUGCUCCCUGAUUCAUGUGUACCAUCUGUGCUUCAUGCGACGAUCGAUAGAUAUGUGACGAAACUUAGAUUUUCAUUGGGUCACUGGCUGCGUAGUCAUCACGAAAGAGUAUUUUAUCUCCAUUAUGACCAUCAGAACCAUGUUUUGGGAUACUUCGAAGAUUUCGUGUGUGAUUAUAACGGAACCAUUCAUUACGAGAGGACUGCCAAACGUAUGAUGCAUUGUGAUCAAUUUGAUGCGCAGCAAAAGUUCAUAAUUGCUUGUACGUAUUUUUUCGAGGACGAUAUCAGACGACUUUGGCCAUUAGUAUCGAGUAAUAUGGAUUUGAACAGUAUCAAUUUCUCAGUAAGCCCACAAUUGUAUUAUUGGAUCUGCUGUCUGAAAAAUGAAUUGUCUAAAAUACCAACCACACAUUUGGAUAAUCUUAUCGAAGGAGUUAUGUUAAGUAACUGCAUGACUCACAAUAGACCAUCGGUGGAGUAUUUCUGGAACCGUAUACCAACAGAAAGUAGAAUGCGGAAGGUUCAUGAUCUUUUCCAAAGCGACGUGCAGUCUUUCGCUCGAUACAUUUUGCCAAAAUUGGACGAUCAACAGCUCGAUGAAUUUGUUAAUAUUGAUGAAUAUGGUUUUGAAAUUAUGCGUGCUCUGUGUCUAAAGGCUUGGUACGAUAAGGAAUUCAUUCUUUCAAUUUGGAUGCGAAUUCAAAAUUUAAUAAGCCAAAGGGCUUUUACAAGUGAAAUCAUAAUUAUGUUGCAAUUAGAGAAUAGGGAAUCCAUGACAAUAUUUGGCCCAAACUACCUAGGGGAAUUUGACGAUGACGAAGAUGGCUGUAUUCGUAGGAAUUGGUUAAAUUUGUGUUGUGAAAUAUGGAAUAGUGCCCCGGAAAGGUUGAAACGUUCGGCAGUUAGAGAAAUUACAUCUAAUAACAGAUUGUUUCGGGACUCGGUGAUUUUAGCUAUUUUAAUUCCACCAGAGCCGAAAGAAUACGAGUUCUUCUCGACUUUUCUUUCGUAUGCCACUUACGAAGAAAGGAAAACGUUUUGGUCUGAUUGCUGGUUACAUUUGAUUCAAGGCACACGAUGCCAAGAUUUCAAAAAAAUAAUGAACUUGUGUUUUGAAAACGAAGAUGAGAUUAACCAAUUCAAGGAAAACGUCAUCGCAAAUAGCAGAAUUAUCCUUUUUCUUUGUGAAUCAUAUCUGAAAGCAUUCUGUUUCGAUGAAUUGAAUGAACUGGUAAGUCUUUCAAAGCCCGAUGCACAAGCAGCUAGAGAUUUCAAACAACAAAUUCUGCAGGCAGUUUUUUUCGACGAACAACGUUGCUUUCGUGAAGUGAUGAUCCGUAGGCCGAGAGAAUUGAAUGAAUUCAUCAAUGAUGCCUAUAAUGAUACCGAUAUGUCUUGGGAUUUUAAAAAUCGACUUGUGUCUUCACCUGUUGUACUACAGUAUUUACCCUACCAUGCUUUGGGGAUUCCUACAGAACUGUUUGAUGAAUUUAUCGACUUGUUUGUUUCGAAUAAAGAUACUGUGCUGCAGAUAAAAACGAGUAUGAUUGAUUUAUUAAAAAACCCCGAGAAAGUUGUCGAGUUCAAGAUGAAGUCCUUAGGCUUUGAUCCAUACUUGUAUGAACUUGAUUAAGUUUAUUCAUAUUAUUACUGUAGGUAUAGUAUUUUUUUGGUUUUCUGUUUUCACAGCUUACCCAUACUUUACUUAAUGUUUGUUCAUAAGUAUAAUACGAGUAUUUAAUGAAUAAUUAAACUUUCACACUUAU